AUGGACUGGCCUCGCGAAUUGGAGGAGUGGGAGGUAACGGUGUCCGACAUACGCGACUGGACGUAUAUGUUGAAAAACGUCUUGGGAUUCCGGAAAGUUUUGACUUUGGAAGAGAGGGCCUUGGAGACCCUGCUGAAUGAGAAGGAUGUGCUGCUGCUUGCCGAAUUUUUGAGAAACCAUUCCACGGUCACGGAUCGGGUUACAGUCUGGAGGCGCAAUAUUGCUGUUGUAUCUCCGAACCAUUCACCGCCCAAGCACCCAUUCGAUUCGCAUCAAUGUUUGCUCUUGAUCUUGGAUGCCAGACCCUAUAUUGCCGGCGAGGUCCUUGGCGAAAUGCCGACUCUCGAUGCUCGCAAAUAUAUUAGGUCAUUCCUUCUGGGACUCCUUGGAAAACCGCGCUGCGAUAAUAGGAAAACUUUGGAAGAACGUGAGGUACUCUGGCAUACCAUACACCGCAACCUGCACACUGAGCCCGAUGACUGGGGGGACUUCAUGUGCAACAGGAAGGCCAAGGAGACCCAGCACCGUCGCGUCAGUCGCGAUGAACCUACCAAUACCAUAUACAACAAUACAGCAUCGGCCAGCCCAUCGGGGUUGACGACGACGACGUCAAGCCAGCCAUACCAACCACCUCCAUCUCGCCACUGGCACUAG